AUGGCGUCGUUCACGGGGACGCAGAGCAAGUGCAAGGCGUGCGCCAAGACGGUGUACCCCAUGGAGCAGCUCACGGCCAACGGCAUCAUCUUCCACCGGGCCUGCUUCAGAUGCGCGCACUGCAAAGCCACCAUUUCGCUGAACUCGUUCGCGGCGAUCGAGGGCGUGCCGUACUGCAAGCCGCACUUCGAGCAGCUGUUCAAGCAGACGGGGUCGUACACGCGCAGCUUCGAGGGCGCCAUCAAGGCCGAGAAGGACGCCACGCCCCCGCCCGAGAGCCUCACGCCCUCAGCAGUGGUCAAGGCAACCGAGAAGCGGUCGACGCCCAGCCCCCUGGCGCUCAAGUUCGGCGGCACGCAGGACAAGUGCAAGGUCUGCAGCAAGACCGUGUACCCGCUUGAAAAGAUCAGUGUGGAGGGAGUGACGUACCACAAGCAGUGCUUCCGGUGCGUGCACAGCAACUGCAGCCUGACCACGUCCAACUACGCGGCGCUGAACGGCAGCCUGUACUGCAAGCACCACUACAACCAGCUCUUCCUCGUCAAGGGCACCUACAGCAACAUCAACAAGUCCGCUGCUGUCGCUGCUGCCCUAGGCGUGCCUGCAGAGGAGAGCGCCGCAGCGCCGGCUGAUGGUCUCGCUCCCAGCCUAGCCCGCUUUCAUGCCCCUCCUAAUGUCUCGCAGCCCAGCCCCCCCUUCCCUUCGCGUCCCUCCACCUCCACCCACCCUGAUCCCUCGCGUCGCAGCCCCUCAUUGUCAUGUCAGGUGUGCUUCGUUCUCGCUGUUUCUUGGCUGACUCUCCACUCCACCCUCCUUCUCUCGUCCUUACUCCCGCCAUGGCUGGACCCGUUGAUGGUGCUGCUGCCGGCGACGAGGCUGAUGACAUGGAGAUGGAGAUAG